AAAGUCGCCGGAAACACUCUUGUAGCUGUUUUCGUGCUUUUGAGUGGCGGCGCCUGAAUACGCAAAAAUCAAUACUUGCGGCUUUUUAAAUUUAAAAUCAAGACUUUUGGAAGAUAAAAACUCUUAAGAGAUGUUUUAUCACAUCUCUUUGGAGCAUGAGAUUCUCCUCCACCCACGAUACUUUGGACCAAACCUUUUGAACACAGUCAAACAGAAGCUGUUCACUGAGGUGGAGGGAACAUGUACGGGGAAGUAUGGCUUUGUUAUUGCAGUAACCACAAUCGAUAAUAUUGGAGCAGGUGUUAUCCAGCCGGGCAGAGGUUUUGUGCUGUAUCCCGUCAAAUACAAGGCCAUCGUGUUCCGUCCCUUCAAGGGAGAAGUUGUGGAUGCUGUCGUCACCCAGGUUAACAAAGUUGGACUCUUUACAGAAAUUGGCCCCAUGUCUUGUUUCAUUUCUCGUCAUUCUAUUCCCUCUGAGAUGGAGUUUGACCCAAACUCAAAUCCUCCAUGCUAUAAGACAGUCGAUGAGGACAUUGUGAUCCAACAAGAUGAUGAAAUUCGACUGAAGAUUGUGGGAACUCGAGUGGAUAAGAAUGAUAUUUUUGCCAUUGGAUCUCUCAUGGAUGACUACCUGGGUCUUGUGAGCUGAUUCUUCUGCCAAGAAUAUGGGAAAUAUGAAAUGCUGUGGUGAUGCUAAAUAGUUUAUGUAUAUACUGUAAUUAUUUCCCCAUUCAUCUGAAGUUGUCUUUGUUCUUUCUCUUUUUUUAUUGUCAUUUUUAUCCCCAUGUUAGAAUAUCCAAGUCCGUCAAGUCACAUGGGAACGAAAUGUAGCUCAGAAGUGGCUCUACGUGAUGGAAAGACUUUGAACUGUUUAAUUUAAAGUGAGGCAGCAGAGAAAAGGGUAAAUAUCGUCAGUUGGGCUCUUCUGAAAGACCCUGUGAGCAAAGCCAGUUCACAAGCAUGUUAUUAGAAGGUAAAAGUAAUCAUUCAUCACAUUGCUUUUAGAGUUAUUCAUCUCUUUAUUAUAUAAGGUAAUUUUUAAAGCUAUUUUUCUAAAUGCCAGCCAGCCUGUACUUGAAUAUAUUUCUCUUUUAUAAUAUAGCGCUCACAAAAUUUUGAAACGUGUCUUCGUCUGGUUUUCUUGUUUUAGUUAUUGCUUGUUCUGAGAUCCUUUUGUAAGAAAGGCUUAAUAUAUAGUACACACAGUGAGCAUUGCUUAUUUUUGCUAAUAUUUUGAUAUUGGCACCCCAGUACUCUAAAAACAAUAUCAUCACUGCAACAGCUUUGGCAGCAAAUGUUUGUAAUUGAAACUUCCUUUCAUGCCAGUCACACAGUAGCUCACUGCCUACUGAAACAUUUAAAGGAAUAGUUCACCCCAAAAAUGAACAUUUGCAGAAAAUGUACUCACCAUCAGG